AUGAACAGCCUCUCACCUUCUGCAGCUGUGCAGCUCUGCUACGAGAACGUGAACGGAUCCUGCGUGAAAGCCCCCUACUCGCCUGGCUCCCGGCUGGUUCUGUACACAGUGUUUGGCUGUGGGGCUCUGCUGGCCAUGCUGGGCAACCUCCUGGUGAUGAUUGCCAUCCUUCACUUCAAGCAGCUGCACUCGCCCACCAACUUCCUCAUCGCCUCUCUGGCCUGCGCUGACUUUCUGGUGGGAGUGACUGUGAUGCCCUUCAGCAUGGUCAGGUCCGUGGAGAGCUGCUGGUACUUUGGGCGAAGCUUCUGUACUUUCCACACGUGCUGUGAUGUGGCCUUUUGUUACUCGUCUCUCUUCCACCUGUGCUUCAUCUCCAUCGACAGGUACAUUGCUGUCACCGACCCUCUGGUCUAUCCCACCAAGUUCACGGUGUCUGUGUCAGGGCUAUGCAUCAGCAUCUCCUGGGCUGCCCUUGUGUACAGUGGUGCUGUGUUCUUCACAGGUGUUCAUGCAGAUGGGAUAGAGGAAUUAGGUGCCCUUAGCUGCGUAGGUGGUUGUCAGCCUGUUGUAAAUCAAUUUUGGACUUUGAUUGACUUUCUAUUGUUUUUCAUACCUAGCUUUGUUAUUAUAUUCCUGUACAGUAAUAUUUUUCUUGUGGCUAGAAAACAGGCUAAAAAGAUUGAACACCUUAGUAGCAAAGCCAAAGGAUUUUCAAGGUCAAACAAAACCAGAGUGGCCAAACGAGAGAGAAAAGCAGCUAGAACCUUGGGUGUCACAGUGGUAGCAUUUUUGAUUUCAUGGUUACCGUACAUGAUUGAUUCAUUCUUUCAUUCUUUUGGGGGAUUCAUAACACCUUCAUAUGUUUAUGAGAUAUUUUGCUGGUUUGGUUAUUAUAACUCUGCUCUAAAUCCUUUGAUUUAUGCUGUAUUUUACCAUUGGUUUAGGAGAGCAAUAAAACUUAUUAUAACUGGCCAAGUAUUAAAAGAUAGUCCAUCAACUAUAAAUUUAUUUUCUAAAGAGACCUAA